AUGGCAACUCCAAUGGGAAAUCAUGAAUCUUCAUGGAAUACUGCCAAUGACCCUGACAGUUCUCAACCUUCACAACCUUCGCACGUCGACCUGGAAGCGCAAUCAACCCCCUUCCCUGUGCUUGAAGUGAUCCCCGAGAACCUGCGUGUACAAAUAGUCGAUCCUGGCAAGCGCAGCCAUGAAACCACCACGCCUAUUACUUCUGUGCGACGGUCUGCUACUGAUAUGUCGCACGCCUCUGUGAAGUCUUUAAGGAGGCGCGGCAGAAGUAACACCUCGAAGUAUGCGCCCGAGCACCUGGGUGGGAAGGCUAGUGCAUGGCAGCCAGGACUUGAGCCUGGGGUUGACACGUCCGAUCCUGCACCACAUUACGACCAUAGUAGCCAUCUAGACGAAUUACAUCCUGAGGAUUUGAACACUCAUUGUGAGAUUACCAUUGUCGACUUCAGUCAGAACAAGAUGGAAAUGUAUGAACUCGACAACGACGAGCUUGCGGAUUUCCUCAAACAGCCAAAGGCAAAGUGGGUGACUUGUCGAUGGAUCAACGUCAACGGAUUGUCAUGGGAUGUCAUUAGGAUCCUCGGAAACCACAAAGGCUUGCAUAGGCUUGCGGUGGAAGAUCUGAUGAAUACUCGAAACCGGUCGAAAGUGGAUUGGUACAACGAUCAUACAUUCGUCAUCGUCGCAUUGCAGAAGUUGGAGAGACUUCAGAAUUUGCAUGAGUCAUCCAGUGAAUCGGACAGCGAAGAAGAUUCGAAGCCUCAUUGGAAGAAGAUGAGAAAGAGCAAGGAGGGCGAAAGGAAGUUGAAGAAGAAGUCUAGAAGAAAAGCGAGGAAUGGAGUGAUCUGGGACUUUUGGAAUGAUAUUUUGGGGUACAGAAGGCAAAAGCAUAUGCCAAAUCCGAAUGAGCUCAACUCAGCCAAAGGGUUUGCGAUGACCAAUCCAGACGUCCCAACUCACAGCGCACGCACGCUCCAACGUUAUCAUGCCGGCGCCAACCAAGAUCGUGUGGACUACAUGGAGAGACACGCCAUUCUUAAACCGAAGAACUACAAGGUCAUCAUGGAGCAAGUGUCCAUAUUUCUCAACGAUGACAAUACGGUCACGUCGUUCUUCGAAGCCUCUGCCAAGGCCAUUGAAGAUCCGAUCGUACGGCGUUUGAAGUCCCCCGAAACCAUCCUUCGCCAAUCCUGCGACGCUAGCAUGGUCUUGCAGGCUAUCAUAGACGCGAUCAUCGACCUCUCUCUUGAAGUUAGUGGUGCCUAUCAGGACGCCCUGGGCGGCCUCGAGUUGGACGUGCUCACCGAUCCGGACAUCCAUCAAGCCAAACGUCUCUACAUCCUCACCUCUGAGAUUGCGGUCCUCCGUAAUGCUGUCCAGCCCAUCACCAGCGUCGUGACCGCCUUGAAGGGUCACAAAUCUGACGCUCCUGUCAGCACACCAGGGGCUAAGACUCCUAAUUUCUUCCCAAAGGAAUUCAAGUCAGGCGUUACUAUUACGCCUCUCACGCAAACCUAUCUGGGUGACGUUGAAGAUCACUGCAUCCUCAUCACCAAUAGCUACGACCAAAUGCGCCGCUCUGCCGAUAACCUCGUCGAACUGAUCUUCAACACCAUUGGUGCCUACCAGAAUGAGAACAUGCGCCAGCUCACGCUUGUUACCUGCUUCUUCCUUCCUUUAACAUUUCUUUGUGGAUAUUUUGGGAUGAAUUUCGAAAUAUUUCCAGCUAUAGCGAAUGACGCAGAUACAUACUUUUGGAGAAUUGCGACCCCCACUGUCGUGGCGACGAUGAUGUUUUUGAUGCGGGAUCAGAUCUGGAGGUGGACUCUCAGGCAAGCAGACCGGGGUUUGAUUAUCAGAGGAAGAAGAAGAAGGGGGGAGAAAUGA